CGCACGGCACUGAAUAAGCAGAAGGGAGACAAAUAUGUACCACGCGCGUAUGUUUCGCAGAAAUAGACCCGUCUCUAUUGGAUCUACGGCAUCGACUAAAUUACUCUAAAUGGAGAACUUGAACGAUUCAUCCCUUGACGUGCAACCCCCUGCGAGAUCGGAAUUGGAACGUUUAUGAUGGAUUAUUUCGAAAGCACAUAGGAUAUGGACCAAUUUGUAGGGCCCCUUUGUAUAUCCGUUGGGAGGUAACCCAAUUUCUCCAAUAAUGAUGGCUAUGAGUGACUAUAUGCAAACUAAUAUUGAGUUCACGGUGGAUCGUACAGAUGUACAAUACGUAAGUCAUUUGUCACGUCAAGGAAAUAUUUAAAAUUAUAUGAUUUUUCGUUAUAUGAUAACGGGAUAAAAGGAAAUAAAAAAUAUGUUUGGGAAUAAAUUUUAUAUUUGGGGAUAAAUAUGGAAAAUUUUAAGAUUAAUUAUACUUUUUAUUCAAAAUUUAUGUUCUAUUCAUAAUUUAAUAAAUUAUAUAUAUAUAUUAAUUUGAAACACAUUGCUACAAUUCCAAACAUAUGUAAAAUGCAUUUAGAAAUAGAAAUGAUUUGCGAAAAUUGAGAGAUGUGUUAUAAUAGAUAACAUCGAUAUCCAUUUUAACAGACAUAUUUUUGAGAUGGAGUGGGAAAAUACAGCCUUUAAAUUAAGAACUGUUGCAGACCGAAUUAUUUCGAUUCUUCUUCGAGCCCAAGAAGUUUCACUUAUCUCUCUCAAAGUUCUUUUUUUUAUCGCGACAGUAUUUGAUUCGUAGUGAAAACAUGUUCAAUGAAAUUAUAACGAAAAUAUUCAUAUCAUCGAUGGUGUUUAACGUAAUUUACGCUUAUCAAAGAAAUCCAUGGUGGAACACUGAAAAUUCACAAAGACAGGGACCUAAUGUAUGUGCCGUAGAAGUGAAUGAAGAUAUAAAUUAUGCUUAUUAUACCGAGAAUAAACAAUGGUAUCCUCGAAAAAUUUGUGGAAAACCUACGUUUAUAAAAUACGAAUGUUGCACAGGAUAUUAUAAAGUCGCUGGUCAUCCUGGGUGCACAGGAGUAAAACCGCUGAUAAAUCUCAUAGAAACUACGCGUCGAGUAGGUUCAAUGAAAUUCGCAAAAUUGAUUGAAAGUUCAAACUUCGCAAAAGAAUUAAUGAAUGGUCCACCCUUAACAUUAUUCGUUCCAUCCGAUGACGCUCUUGAACACUACUUAAACGUAAAAGGUAUACAUCAAGAAUCGUUGCGCGAUGGCAAUAGAUAUAUAAAUUUGAUCGCAAAUCAUAUAAUAGAUAGACGUGUAUUGUCAAAUCAAUGGCAAGCAAAUCUUUUAAUUCCAUCACGAUUACAAGGGAAUGUUUUGAGAAUUAAUAAAUUUCCCAGUGGAAUGGAAACGGUAAAUUGUCACCGAAUUAUUCGCAAAGAUCAAAUUGCCAGUAAUGGAGUCGUACAUGUAAUCGAUGGUGUAUUGGAUCUUGCUUUGUCUGAAAAUUCAGAUAUCAUUGAACUUGUUUCGAGGGACGGUAGAUUUGAAAUAUUUAUGAAAGCGUUAGAAAGCACAGAUUUAGGAAAAAGGAUUCGAUACAGCAAUAUACCAUGCACUAUUUUCGCACCUACUGAUGAAGCUUUCCAUCACAUUCCGAGGAAACAAUUGACCGAUAUAUUAGAAAAUCCGAUCGCAUUAAAUGCAUUAAUUGCCCAACAUAUUGUAACACACCCUGUGUGCAUGCCAAACAUAAUUUCGGAAUAUCACGCAAGCACGAUGGAACAACAGGAAUUAAAAUUAAAUUGCGGCCCACAUGGACCUAUUGUAAAUAACGCAAACAUAAAAAAUGAAAUGUACCAUGGAAAAAAUGGAUUACUAUACGUUCUUGAUCGCGUAUUACUUCCAGAUCGAGCUAAAACAAUUUUGGAUGUGAUUAAGGAAGAAAGAUUACUGACAUUUUUAGAAAUAAUUAAAACAGCUGAACUGGAAGAAAAUUUAAGACAUUUGAAAUAUUUCACAAUAUUUGCACCUUCUGAAACAGCAAUGCAUUCCCUAUCUAAUCAAAAACUUAUAGAAUUGCAAAGAAAUCAAAAGAGCGCUCGAAAUUUUAUUCUUAAUCAUAUCGUUACGGGAAUAUACUUCACUAAUGAAAUUAGUAGCAAUCAAAUUGUUAGAACACUUGAAAUGGGAGUUCCAUUACGCUUUCAAGUUUAUCGUUAUAAUUUUGGAAUAGAAAAUGCAUUAAUUAUAAAAGCUAAUCGAGAAUGUAAUAAUGGUGUUCUACAUGUUAUCAGUCACAUCUUACAUCCUGCAGAAGAAUCUUUAGAUUAUAUUUUAAAAAAAGAAGGCAAUUUCAGUAUUUGGUUAGAUGCAAUGGAAAGAAUCAAAAGUAUUCAACCGCAAAUAUAUGAUCAAUUCAAACGGGCAAAUUCUACAUGCACAUAUUUUGUUCCUUCGGAUGAAGCAUUCAAACAGCUCGGGAGUGUUAAACUUCAAAAAUUAUUAGAUGACAGAAAUUAUUUAACAAAAACAUUACAAAAUCAUAUUGUGGAUAAUAUGUUACUUGCUGAAAGUUUUAUGCCAGAUUUACAAUAUACUGUAAGAACUAAAGGAAACCCGAUAAAUAUUAUAAGAAAAAAUAACAAAAUUUUGGUAAAUGAUGCUACUCUUGUAAAAAGUGAUAUUUUAAACAAAGCUGGAAUUGCACAUGAAAUAAAUUCUGUAUUACUACCGGAUCAGUGCCCACGUGGUUAUAAAAGAAUAUAUGAUGGAAUUGUAAAAAAAAUGUGUCUUUAAAGCAAGUAAUUAGACACAUUUAUAUUUUGCAUUAUUUAUAACAAUAUAUAUAUAUAUGUAUGAAAAAUGAAAAAUUAAAAAAAAAAAGCCAUAUAUAUAUUUAUGUAUGUUACGUAAUAAAUAUAAAUUAUAUAUAUAUAUAAUUAUAUAAAUAUAAAUAUCUCUAAUAUUAAUAACAAUAUAGAUUUAUUGUAAUUAAAAAAAUAAAACACAUUUAUUCAUUAA